UUGAAAGAGGCGGAAGACUUCAGAACUUAGAGAGAGAGAGAGAGAGAGAGUGCGCGCCUUUAGAGAGAGAAACCGCGUGGUAAAGCGAAGGAUCUGACCAUAAUCUAGAGCCAAAGAGAAGAGAAAAAAGUGACUGUUAAUUUUAGCUUGAUCAUGGAUACGCCGUAUGGUCUAAUUGAGAAAGACAUGGACUUUUGGGUUGUUUUAUGAGUUGUAUGUGUGCCCAAAUGUCGCCGAUUUGUGUCUACCAUUCAGACUAAGUGGAAACUUUGGAAUAUAAUUUUUCCAACCCUAGUAGGAAAAGAUUUACAUAGACAUUCCGGUGGGUGUCGACAUAUUGGUGUAAAUGUCAUUCCGCAGUAUAGUUCGCGAUGUAAGGGAUGGUUUUGGGAGCCUAUCAAGACGGAACUUUGAGGUGAGGCUGCCUGGUCAUCACAGGGGGAAAUCUCAUAGUGCAGUCCAUGAGUUGCAUGACCAGCCUUUGGUCAUCCAGAAUAGCCCUUGGGCUAGCCUCCCACCGGAGCUACUUUGUGAUGUAAUUAAGAGGUUGGAGGCAAGUGAGAUUACCUGGCCUGCCCGCAAGCAUGUUGUUGCAUGUGCUUCCGUUUGCAGGUCUUGGAGGGAAAUGUGCAAAGAAAUUGUCAAAAGUCCAGAGUUUUCGGGGAAGCUUACCUUUCCAGUCUCCCUAAAGCAGCCGGGGCCUCGGGAUGGAACCAUUCAGUGCUACAUUAAGAGAGACAAGGCUAAUUUAACUUACCGUCUUUUCCUUUGCCUCAGCCCUGCCUUGCUUGUUGAAAAUGGUAAAUUUCUUCUUUCUGCAAAACGGAUUCGGAGAAGUACUUGCACAGAAUAUGUGAUUUCCAUGGAUGCAGAUAACAUAUCAAGAUCAAGCAGCACUUACAUUGGAAAACUGAGGUCGAAUUUCCUUGGUACAAAAUUCGUGAUUUAUGACACACAGCCUCCAUACAAUCAUGCUAAUCUUUCCCCACCAGCCUGUACAAGCCGUAGGUUCCACUCGAGAAAAGUUUCACCAAAGGUCCCUACUGGCAGCUACAACGUUGCCCAGGUAACAUAUGAGCUUAAUGUGCUAGGCACUAGGGGACCCCGCAGGAUGAACUGUGUCAUGCACUCAAUCCCUGUCUCUGCCCUUGAGCCAGGUGGCACUGUUCCUGGCCAGCCCGAGUUACUGUCUCGCUCCCUUGAAGAUUCAUUCAGGAGUAUCUCCUUCUCGAAAUCAAUUGACAACUCUAUCGAGUUCAGUAGCUCUCGGUUUUCCGACAUUAUUGGCCUGCGUGAUGAAGAUGAUGAAGGAAAAAGCAGACCUCUAGUUCUCCGGAAUAAGGCGCCAAGAUGGCACGAGCAGUUGCAAUGCUGGUGCCUUAACUUCCGGGGGAGGGUUACUGUGGCCUCUGUGAAGAAUUUCCAGCUGAUUGCUGCUACACAGCCUGCUGCCGGUGCACCAACACCACUGCAGCCUGCCCAAUCUGACCAUGACAAGAUCAUCUUGCAGUUUGGUAAGGUUGGCAAGGAUAUGUUUACCAUGGACUAUCGAUAUCCUCUUUCUGCAUUUCAAGCUUUCGCCAUCUGUUUGAGCAGCUUCGACACUAAAUUGGCGUGUGAAUAGAGGAAUCAGGGGGGCAAAAAGAUCGGUAGCGAAUAGAGAUUUCCUUUUUCUAGAGUUGCACAGGCUGGGAUUGUAUGCGUUUGUGUAGAACUCAUUGUGGGCAGUGUAUAACAGUUGCCAGUCUGGUAAGUACAGGAUGAUGUCCAUGUUCGGAGGGGGAUUGUCUUCUUCUUUCACUUUCCUGCCAACACCAAUUGUACCAUUUUUUCUGUUGUUGAUCUUUAAUUGUUGUUCUUUAUGCUCUGAAAGGAACAGUUUAAACUUCAGACAAAGGAGGUUGUGUAACAGCUUUAUUUGCCUUUAAUGUAAACAGUGUAACAUAAUGAAGAUGUGAUUUUAAACA